AUGAGUGAUAAACUAUGGUACACUCAGCCCGCAAGCGACUGGAAUGAGGCGCUUCCCAUUGGGAACGGACGCCUUGGCGCGAUGAUCUACGGCCGCACCGACCACGAACUUCUUGCGCUCAAUGAAGAUUCAGUAUGGUAUGGCGGACCUCAAAAUAGGACACCUCGCGAUGCUUUGAGAUUUCUUCCGGAGUUGCGCAAGGCCAUUCGAGAGGAAAACCAUGUGGAGGCCGAAAGGAUCGCAAAACUCGCGUUCUUUGCCAACCCAAUCAGUCAACGGCAUUACGAGCCCUUGGGUACUCUUUUCAUGGAUUUCGGGCACCCGCUCGACCAAGUUUCGAAUUACCGUCGUGAGCUGGAUCUUGAGAGAGCUUCCGUCAAUGUGACCUACGAGUUUGGAGGAGCCAUUUAUCGUAGAGAAGCGAUAGCGAGCUAUCCUGAUAAUGCCAUGGCAGUCAAGGUUUGUGGUCCGCGGGACAUGGAAUAUGUCUUGCGUCUGACACGAUUCAGCGAGCUGGAGUUUGAAACAAAUGAGUACUUGGACGACCUGAAUAUCUCGGAGAGUUCUAUCAGAAUGCGAUUUACCCCUGGGGGCCGAAACAGCAGUAGCGGUUGUUGCGUGGUUCACGUUCAGCCUUGUCCCGACGGCUCAGUGACAAGCAUUGGGAACAAUCUCAUCAUCAAGGGUUCAGAAGCCCUGAUCUUUGUUACUGCACAGACGAAAUUCCGUCACACAGACCCUGAGGGUGCAGCGGUUCAUGAUCUGCAGAAGGCUGCCGAAUAUGAUGCUAGCCAGCUCUGGGAUCGGCACGUUAAGGACUAUCAGUCUCUGUACCACCGCAUGAGUCUACAACUGGCGUCAAAUCUACCUGAUCUCCCCACACAGCAAAAAUUGACAAACGGAGCACGAGAUACCAGCUUGGUAGCGACGUACCACAAUUAUAGUCGAUAUUUGCUCAUCUCCUCCAGUCGUGAUGGAGAGAAGUCGCUACCAGCGAAUCUGCAAGGCAUCUGGAAUCCUUCAUUUCACCCGGCAUGGGGCUCCAAGUUCACCAUUAAUGUCAAUCUGCAAAUGAACUAUUGGUCGUCCAGCGUUUGCAACCUUGCGGAAUGCGAGCGGCCUCUCUUUGAGUUGCUUGAGCGAAUGUCUGAGUCAGGUAAACGCACCGCCAAGCUCAUGUAUGGUUGCAGAGGAUGGACAUCUCAUUCUUGUACUGACAUCUGGGCUGAUACCGAUCCUGUUGAUCGAUGGAUGCCGGCAACCGUCUGGCCUCUCGGAGGGGCUUGGCUCUCAUACCACAUUUGGGAGCACUUCUUGUUCACACAAGAUCUCACGUUCCUCAAGAAAAUGUUUCCAGUCUUGAGAGGCUGCGUGGAAUUCAUACUGGACUUUCUGAUUGAAGACGCUUCAGGGACAUUUCUCGUCACCAACCCGUCUGUCUCGCCUGAGAACUCAUUCCUUUACCGCAAUGGCCAGAAAGGCGUCUUAUGUGAAGGAUCCACAGUCGACAUUCAGAUUGUCGAUGCUUUACUCAGUGCAUUUGAGUCCUGUGUCAAAGUUCUGAACCUCUCCGAUCCAAUGGUACCGAUAGCUCGCAAAGCCAAAGCUCGACUGCCACCAAUGAAGAUCAGCCUAAAUGGAUAUCUGCAAGAGUGGGCAAUUGACUAUGGCGAGGUUGAGCCCGGACAUCGCCAUACUUCGCAUCUGUGGGCAUUGUAUCCAGGCAGCACGAUUCUACCCGAGCGCGACCCUGACCUAGCUCAAGCCUGUAAAGCAGUGCUGACUCGACGAGCCGAAAACGGCGGCGGACACACGGGAUGGAGCAGGGCAUGGCUCAUCAAUCUGCAUGCUCGUCUUCACGAGGUGGACGAAGCUGAACGUCAUCUGGACUUGCUGCUUUCACAGUCCACUCUCCCGAAUCUUCUCGACAACCAUCCACCAUUCCAGAUAGAUGGCAAUUUUGGCGGUGGUGCUGGCAUCAUCGAGAUGCUGAUUCAAUCACACGAGCGAGGGGUAAUUCGUCUUCUCCCAGCUUGCCCUAGAAGCUGGAAUGGCUCUCUUCGAGGGGUCCGGGCUCGCGGCGGAGCAGAAUUGGCGUUCAGCUGGCGGGAUGGUUUAGUCUACUCCUUGUCUAUCAAUCAACCUGGCCCUGGUCUUGAAGUUACUGUACUGUGUCCACAUCAGACCGGGACAAAGUCGUUUCAAAUUAUGAGUCCAGGGCAGCACAUUUUACUGAAUGAGAUGUGUGAGUCUUGA